CGCGCCAACGGAGAAUACAUAUUUCCUUCACGAUUUGAUCGCCUAUAUCAUGCAACUGGCGUUUGCGAUGUGUUCAUAGAUUAUUCAAUCUAUAAAUAUCGAAACAAAACUUGGAGGGAUUUAAAUUUGGAUCGUACGACUGCACGAAGAUACCGCCCGGCUAGUCUAUUUUAAAAUUUGCACGAAUCUCUUGUUUUGACUUUGACACUUUACGUACGAGGAGCAUUAUCUUCGUUCAAGGAACAAUUUCGCGAAUCGUUAAGGAUUUUAUUGAAGUGUCUACAACAUGGGGAUCAUACUAUCAAGAUUUCGUAAAAAGAAAACUACUAUUGAAAUUUUAGAGGACCUUGACAAGAAAAUUAGGGAAAUAGAAAGAUAUGGACACACUACAGAACAGAGGCACAAAAGAAUUGUUGGGACUCUUAUUCUUUACAGUGUCAUACUUUAUGUUAUAACAGCAUUCAUAUUUUAUUUCUGUUUUUUCCCAGCAUCGUUAUAUGAUCAAAUAUUUUAUAUCAUUCCAUUGUUAAUGUUUCCACUUUUAAUUUUGCUUACAAAGAAAUUGGUUACAUGGUAUUAUAAACGUAAAAUUUCUGAAAAUGAAGAAAAAUUAAGUACAAUGCAGACAGAGAAAAAGAAAAUUCUAGAUGAAGUCACUGAAACAGAGACCUAUAAAAAAGCUAAAGAAAUUCUCUUAAAGUUUGCUCCAGAUCAGUUGAAAAUGACAUCUUUAACUCCGCAGCCAAUAUUUAGAGUAUCAACACCAAUAGAAACAACUCCAAAUGUAAGAACUAGUGUACCACAAAAUGUAGUAUCCCCAUCGUCUAGUGGUGAAAAAUUGAGAAGAAGAGUAGUAACAAGUCAAAAUCAACCAUUAAAUGUGCAAAGUGGAAUGCCCACUAAUACUGGCCUUGUUCCCGUUGGCGCGGCUCCCAUUCGCAACACACCAAUCACUCCUUUCCAGAGUGGUAGUAGACCAGUUACUACUCCAGCUAUGGGUUAUCGAUCGCCUUUGCCGCGCCCGGUGUUUCCUCGUCAAAGAACUUACUUAGAUCGAUUUAUUGAUUACAUAGUUGGCGAUGGUCCAUCGAAUCGAUACGCACUUAUUUGCAAACACUGCGAGUCGCAUAAUGGAAUGGCAUUAAAAGAGGAAUUCGAAUAUUUUGGAUUCAGAUGUUGUUAUUGCAACUUUUGGAAUCCCGCAAGAAAACAGAAGUCAUCUGCACCGAAAUUGGAGUUUAAUACUUCUCAAAAUAGUUCAUCAUCUACAAAUACACCUGAGCACGCGAUAUCUAAUACAAAUGUAGAACAAACAAAACAUUCAGAAACGGAGCUAUCAAGUCCAUCAGAUACAGACUCUGAUAUUGAAGUAGUUGAGAAACCAACGGAAAUAUCGGAAGAUACUGUACAGGCUACCGCACAAGUAAAAAAAGAAUAUGAUGAGCCUGACAAGGAAGAAGUCAAUCUGGAAGAAGUCAAUCCAGAAGUAACCAAUCCAGAAGUAGUAGCGAAUAAAUCCGAUGAAAGUGUUGAAAAGAUGGAGGUUGAUGAAUCUUUCUCUUAACAAGAACAAGUUCUUGAAGAACUUGCGACAUGAAACUUUUUGUUAUGAACUGCACUGCAAUUGGUGUUGUAGUAUAUAGGUGUAUAGGUAUUUAUGUAUAGCGGAAAUGAAAAUACUAUAUUACUUAAAUAGUUUAUGAAGAAACGUAUCGUACCAUACUUAACGGUAGAUUGUAAUAUAGUAUUUGCAUUUGCUAUAUAAAUAUUAUAUUCUCGUAUUUGAAUGAAAAGUCAUUCCAAAUUGUUCGUGUCUAAUUCUUGUUAGGAAUUUGCGUAACUGUAUAAUGAAGCAAAAUGAUCACAAGUACUUAGAAGAUAUUGUUAAAAUAAUAUCUCGUCAAUCCUUUCAAAAUAUUUUUGCUUCAUCUAUCUGUUACCUAUAAAAUCGUGAAAUUUUAUAAUAUAUUGAAGAAUUUUUAGAAAUCGUUUAUUCUUGUAAAAAAUCGUAAAUUAUCUGAAGCAUUAUAAAAAAUGCCCACGUUGAAAAUUGUAGUCAAUAAUCAAUUUUAUGCAAGACUGCUUAUCUUGUCAAUAGUGGACAUUAGUAUUUAUAGUAGUUAAAAUCGUUCCUUUUCUUUUUUUUUUUAUGAAAUCAGUAAAUUUGAUUUUACAUUCAAAUAAUCUUCUGUUUUUUUUUUUAUUAUUAAAUACUGCUUUUGUACUCUUAAAAGAAGAUAAUGUGAAUCAAGAUUGAAUCUUAUAUUUUUUUUAACUGAAUUAUCUUCUAUUAAACUCAGUGUAAGUAUUAUUAUAACAAUAUAUAUUUUGUGCUCUAUUAAUGUGCCGAGAAAAAUUGGUAUUCGAUAAAGUAUACAAUAAUUACAGUUAAUUUUCAGUUUAUUGAUUAAUGUAAAACUUGAUGUGAUUCAAAACUUGUAUUUACAUGGUGAUCAAAACUGUUCGAAUAAUUGUUGAAGGAAAUAUACUUUUAAAUUAAAUUACGUAA